AUGAAGAACGUCCCGGCGACCCCGAAGCUUUGCGACAACAGCCGCGUGUACUUCACGACUAAGGGGGCGCAGUACAUGGCGCUGGACGUCGGUGGCGGCGGUCUGUGUGCUCUUCUCGGCGUCAUCGCUGUGGCGAUGGACGACGUAGGAACUCCUUGUGAGGAGAUUUUCGAAGCCGUCAGCGGCGAGCUCACAGACGUCAUGACGGAGUACGUCCAGUCCCUCCGAGCCAACAUCGUCAGCACGUGCGGCGACCAGUUCGCCUUCAAGGACGGUGAAGAGCUGGCUAGCUUCGACGACAUCGUCCACGACCCGAUGUGGGUGAUUGCGACGAGGGCGAUGUGGGAGCUGGUGACACUUCAUCCAACUGGAUAUCUCGACGGAAGGGCGGUGUGGCUGUUGGCGAAGUUCCUCGGGUUGCACGGAUUUAGGAUAGUCAAGCACGAAGACGGCCACUUGGUCUCAUGUGAUGCCGGGGGCCCCAUCUCCUCCGAAGAGUGCCCCACGAUGCUGCACGACGGCUACGGGCACUUCAAGGCCCUGAUUCCACUUCGAAGAAUGCCAGAGUACCAUUUGCUUCUCGAAGAGAGUUUCGUGGACGGCACCGAUGAGGAGGAGGCCGUUCCGGGGACGUCGGAUUUGGAGACUUCGGACGGCACCGACGAGGUCACUGAAUCGGCUGUCGCGGUAGAUGUAGCCGGCACGGAGGCGUCUGAUGGUGGAUCGAUGCCGAGCGCCCAAUCGUCUGAUUCCGGUGGGGGCGACAGUGACCUGGGGGCACGUGGAGCGUUUGGCGAAGAUGCUGAGGGAGAAGAGGUAAAAGCGGCUACCCGUGUGUCCAGCAAGAGGAGCCACCCAUGGGACGACAACGAGUAUUGGGAUGACGACGCCAACUACUACUCGGGUUGCACCAUAGUUGGCGAAGACGGGUGGACUCUCGUCGGCAAGGAAGGUCGGCGAAUGGGGUUGGAGACAACCUUGGCCUUCGACGAAGCCUCGGGUUUGUACGACCUCACCAGUCCGAACAAAUGCCAGCCUUUGUUCCUAGACCACGAUGACGAAACCGAUGAGAACGAAGCAGCGGAGGUGGACGAGGCUGUGGACGAGGUGGGCGAAGAUGAAGCCGCAGACGAGGUUGACGAGGACGAGGAGGCUGAGGCCGAGGCUGGAGAGGAGGAGCGAAGUCGGGUGACCAACAACAGCGCGAGAGAGUCCGAGGAGGAUGGUGAAGAUAGUGAAGACUCCGGGGAUGCAGAUGAUGCCGCGUCUCUGGAUGGAGUCAGCGAUGGCAAAGAGUCUGAAGAAGAUGAAGAGGACUCCGAUGAAGACUCCGGUAAAGGACCUCGUGGUGCUGGUGGGGGAGCGGGUGGUGUGGCGUCAGCGGGUGAUAAAAACUCCGAUUUAGAGGACUCCGGGUAUGCUCCCAGCGAGGCCGGCGACACCGAUGGAGACAACGACGAAGAUACCACCAGCGACGAGUGUUCCUCCACCGGCGGGGAAACUCGCUGCGAGGGGUGCGAAGAAGACUUCUAUUGUGAACUGGUGGAGUGCCCCACGUACAAUGCGCAGUAUUGUCAGGACUGCGAGAACGACUUGUCUUCUGACAAAGAGCGAACGUGUUCUAGGUGUCAGCGAGCGGACGAUGAUGGUGUUGGUGAUUUUUCGACUGGGGGGGUCACCGAUGGACCGGAUGAGUACACCGACACAGAAAGUGGUAGCGUCUCUGGAAACUCCAAGCGACGUCGUCGAUCUGCGGGGAAGAAAGAUAAUUGCAUUCCAAGAACUUCUAGCCCGAGAGAGUUGUUGAUGGUGCCUAAAGACGACCAGCAGGCGAAACUUAUGUUAAGUCUAUACCGCAAAGCCCGCGAGAUGGAACGGAAACUUGCAGGAGAAAACAAGAGAAUCAAGGAGGUAAGGAACCUCACCCUCCUCGACCUCACGGAAGCAGCAAGCUGCUUGGCCAAGGGCAGUCCCGUAAGAGAAGAGAUCUGGCGGAAGUGCGAAAAGGAGAACUACGCCCUGUACGGUAUCACCGUGCGUCGAGCCGGGCCAACCGGUGAGACGAUUCCGGGGACCAAGGUUACAUCAGACAAGGGUAGGCGGGGAGAGGUCGUGGAGGCAAAGAUGGAUGAAGGAUACACCGUGUUCACCGUCGAGUGGUCGGAAGGCAAGAGCAACAGACGCAGCGCAUAUUCUACGGAGGACGUGCUUCGUACUCGCGAUGAUAACCAGGGCGUGGCGACACUUGAGGAGGCGAAGGAGAAAAUGGGGGUGUUUCUACUUGCAACCUUGUGUGUUGUCAACGUCCAGGUUUACCGAUUCAUUACCAAGAACACCAAGUUGGAGACUGUGUCAGUGUCAAGUGAGACACGCCCCCUGUCCCGGGAUAUAAAAGUUGAUAUAAUAAAAGGCCGGAAUCACGCCUGGGAGGAGACGAAGAAAGCUCGUGCGGUGGACAUGCUCAUGGACAAUGAAGUCACGUUCUUGGACUCCUCUGUGGACAAAGGCUUGCGGGUGGAGAUGGAAGAAUCAUCGUGCUUCGAAAUGAUGGGAUUGAUCAACGACGCCAGAGCUCACUUCACGGGUCUCAGAUGCGUACAGUCAAGCGUUUUCUUCGCACAGUAA